UCUUGUAUGGAUAUCCUUUGCAAUAAACCAGCUUCUGCUGUUUCUGACCUUGCGCUCUUAAAUCAAGAAAAUGACAAAAUACUUAAAACAACAAAUAGUGCAAAGGUUUCUUGUGUGCCUUAUGUAAAAAUAUAUUCAAACAGUCUCUUCCAUGUCUCUGCAAUGAAGCCUACUGACUACAGCAGCCCUAUAAUACUGGACAUAGACUCUGGACUGAUGAAGGCAGGCUUUUCCAGUGAGGAUUUGCCCAACACAAUUUUUCCUACUGUAAUUGGCCAGCCGAAAAAUAAGGAGAUUAAUUCCUGCUUGAUGGUUAAUGUUUACAUUGGUCAUGAAGCUCAGCACACCAAAGCAGUACUGAACCUGUCACAGCCCUGUAAACAUGGAAUAGUAACCAGUUGGGAGGAUCUUGAAAAGAUUUGGUGCUACACGUUUUAUAACCAGCUUCAGGUUGAUCCAGGAGAGCAUCCUGUACUGCUGACAGAUACCAUUAUGAGCCAGUGUAAAGACAGAAAGCAAAUGUUGCAAAUCAUGUUUGAGAAAUUCAAUGUGCCUUACCUAUACAUAUCCCUACAAGCUGUCUUGGCACUUUAUUCCACAGGAAGAGUUACAGGUACAGUGUUUCAUUCAGGAGAUCAAGUGAGCUACUGUGUUCCAGUAUAUGAAACCCAUAGGCUUCAGCAUGCGGUCCAAAAAUUUAAUCUAGCAGGACAAGAUCUCACAAGCUACCUCGCAAAGCUGCUAAAAGAAAGAGAUGAGUUUGGUCUGGAUGUGGAAGAAGAGUCUGUUAGAGAUAUAAAGGAGAAACUGUGUUACGUAGCUGAUAAUUUCCAUUUUGAGCCUCCUUCACAAGUGCUGUAUAAUCUACCAGAUGGUCGAACAGUUACUUUAGGUAGUGAAAGAUACAGGACUUGUGAAGCUUUGUUCAGCCCACAGCUAUUAGGGAAAGAUCAAUAUGGCAUUCAUGAAAGAGUGCUUAAAUCACUUCUACUGUCUGAUGUGGAUUUAAGAAAACAAUUUGCUGGGAAUAUUGUUCUAUCAGGUGGAAGUACUUUGUUCCCAGGUUUAACAUCUCGACUUCAAAGGGAAAUCUCUUCCAUGGUUCCCCUGGAUUUGUUAAACACUGUGAAUGUAUCGAGGGUUCUAGACAAAGAUUUUGCAGUCUGGCGUGGUGGAGCAACUAUGGCUAAUUUGCAGAGUUUUCACACUGCCUGGAUCAGCAGACACGAUUAUAAUGAAUUUGGUCCAAACAUUGUUCAUAGAAGAUGUUUUUAAUUUGUAAUGAAAUUUUAAAAAGUACAAUUAAGUCUAAGAUUUUAAUUUUAAG